UGUCCACGCUCAGCCGCUGACCGUCAAUCUCCCGGGUUCUAUCAGUAACUGCUGCUUCUUUUCGUCGCCGUAGCUCUAAUGUCAAACAGCUAGAGGCCAGUUUUCCUCUCCGCUCCAGUCCGUUAGCUCCGGUUGGAGAGCUAACGGCCGCCUGAUGAAAUGGGAUGAUGUAGCAGGAUAACUCUCUGGAACAACUACGCAGUACCUUAGCAUGCUAAGCUAACGCAAAGCCAGUAAGUAGACCGAGCCAGCUGCUGGAAGCUAACUCGCCCUAGCAUUCACCUGCGGGCUGUUCCUCUGCCACUGACGUGGUUUGCUAACAGAAUGGAAAGUGGGAAGGACAACGACUCUGGAACGCUUUCGGCUUCACCAGCACUACAGGGGACACUAGAGUAUGGCGGGGACAUCGUAAAGCCGAGCGGAUUAUCUUCUCUCCCCCCUGGAAAGAGACCCUCCAUCGUGGAGGAUGAGGGUGGGGGCGCCGAGGCAAAACUCUAUGGGAAGGGACUUGCAGCCACCUCCCUUCUCCAGAUUGCGAUAAGAAACGGGAUCUACCAGAACCAAGUUGCCAACGCUACGGGAAAAGGUAGCAACAUUCCCGUCGUGAAAGCCGCCAACAUGUACAGCUUGACGUCGGUGAACAGCAGCACUUCGGUAAACUCGCUGCUGAACAGGCGGCGACACCGACACAAGAGGAAUUUGUCUCUGGGGGCUCCGCCUGGAGCGUCCUCAGUCGAGGCACCCAACCCCGCUCCCUCAGCCUCUCCACUGAGCACCCUCAGCCUGGACAGGAAGACUUUCCUCCGGCAGAAGCAGUCGAAGCAGCUCCAGGCCUCUGACAAGUCAUGGGUGAGAUCGGACCUCCGGCGAGGCUGUAUCCACGUCCACGACUGGCUCACGCCCUCCAUUCCGCGCCCAGUGCUCUGCACCGUGGACACCACAGCGAAAGAGGUGGCCAUUAAGCUGGAGGGAAGUAAAUCUGGGGCUGUCCUGAGAAUAAACUGCAAACCCGCUGCUGUAUCUUCUGACCCAAAUGAUCUUUGUAAAGAUAGUAAUGGACAUAUGGACACUGUGGAUGUGAAAACUCCUAAAUUGGAGGAGAACGAAAACGCAAAAAAUUGCCCUGACUCUAAAAUACCCUCAAAUUUUUUUAUUGAUGACAAAACUGACAGUAACUCUUCAUCUGAGAUCUGCUUGAAUGAUAUUGGCAUUGAUUUGAGCCAGAGCGCUGUAGACUGUUUUGGGGCAUACUCUGGUUCAGAUAUGGAGAGCAGCACCUGUGAGGACUUCAGUCCAGGUGGCCCCAGGAGCACAGAGCACCAAGACUCCUUCAGCGAGGGUGUGGGUGUCGAUUCCUCAGUGCCGAGUCCCAGCUGCGACAGUGCUACAGAGGGACCUGACCCAUUUGAGAGCUCCUCAGAUGAGCUGGAGCUCACCUCCUCCCCAACACACUCGACGGACAAUUCUGCAGCAGACCAGCUGCCCUCAGAAGCCCAUAAGGAUGAUGAUACUAAAAGUGACACUGUAGAUACCCCCGAAUUAAUCAAAGCUCCCUCCAAAUGCUCCAGCAGCUCUCUGACUCGGCCUCUCACCAGCCAGCCAUCUGUCAGGCCUGACCAGGAGAUCCCUGGGAGCGGCGGAGACUGGCCCGAGCCCCUCUGUACCUGUCCAACCCCGACCCUCUUCAUCCAGCUUCAUGGGGGAGUCGUGCGGCGGCUGGGGGAUGAUGAACGGCCUCUGCAGAUCCUCAACGAGUACCUCACCAAUCUGGGGUUCGAAGACCAGUGGAGGGUGCAGGAGGAGGGGAUGAAUCCUGAAGUUGGCUGCCUUAUACGCUUCUACUUAGGUAAGCCUCGCAGCGUGGGAGGUUCUGAGCGCGUGCAGCUCUCUGGGGUGUUCAACGUGCGGAAAGGGAAGCUGGCACUGCCGGUGAACCGCUGGUCAAAGCGUCAGGUCACAUUGAGUGGAACCUGCCUCAUAGUGUCAUCAGUGAAACAUGCCCACACGGGCAAGAUGCACAUCCUGCCCCUCAUCGGAGGAAAGGUGGAAGAAGUGAAGAGGCACAGCCACUGUCUGGCAUUCAGCUCUGCCGGUCCCCAGAAUCAGAUCUACUACGUCAGCUAUGAUUCGUACACCGAGCACCUGCGCUGGCACAGGAUGGCCUCUAAUAUCGCCUCUCAGAGGGUGAACUCUGUGGACCUGUCGUGCUGCAGCCUGGAGGAAUUGCCCGCUCAGCUGUUCUAUAGCCAGGACCUAACACACCUCAACCUCAAGAACAACUUCAUGUCCCUGCAUAAAGGUGUUCCUGCUCUCACCAGGUUCUGUAAACUGAGAAGCCUGAGUCUGUCAAAUAACGCUCUGUCUGAAUUUCCUCUGGCCCUCUGCGACAUCACUUCGCUCUCAGAGCUCAACCUGUCUGGAAACCGUCUCUCCUGUCUGCCUGCAGAAGUUGCGACCAUGAACAACUUGCAGACUCUCCUCCUGGACGGGAACAUUAUAAGCUCACUGCCUGCAGAGCUGGGCUCUCUGGAGAGCCUCAUCUACCUCGGCUUGUCCUUUAACUAUUUCAGCAGUAUCCCUCCUUUCCUGGAGAAGCUCCGAGGCUUGGAAAAGCUCUGCCUGGCAGGGAACCGGCUGUCUGUCCUGGACAUGGCUGGGCUGCAGUGGCUGCACACUCGAUAUGUAGAUCUCAGACUGAACAGGCUUGACAAAGUGACGGUGGCUGAUUGGGAGCAGCUGCAGCACAUCAUCCAGUUGGACGUGCGGGACGCCGGCCUACAGGAGCUGGACGUUAGCUGCUUAGGGAAGCUGGAGCUGCUGCGCUGUGACAGAAACUCUCUCUCCCUCCUCAGAGUCAGCGGCCACGCCCUCAAGAGCUUGCACGCCAGCCAUAAUGAGCUGAUGCAGCUUGAGGUGCAGCCCGUGCCAGAGAAUCUGACAGUUCUGGAUCUUUGCAGGAACAAGCUGGGAGGUGUCCCAGACUGGCUGUGUCAGAGCAGCAGACUGGAGGUGUUGGACAUUAACCAUAACUGCAUCACCGAGCUGCCCGUAUGGCUGCUCUCUAGUGGGAGUCUGAGGAAGCUGCUGGCAGGCUGGAAUGACGUAUGCAUGCUCCCUGAUAGGCUGGAGAGUUCCCAGCUGGAGGUCCUGGAUCUCCAGCACAACCACCUGACGGAGCUCCCCCACAGCCUGUUCAUCAAAGCCCAGAGCUUGCGCUACCUGAAUGCAUCGGCCAAUAAGCUGGACGAUCUGCCUGCAGCCAGCUUGUCAGAUGAUUCCUGCAGCAGCCUGGAGGAGCUGUAUGUGACCAAUAACAGCCUGACAGACAAAUGCAUCCCUCUGCUGACGGGACACGGCCGCCUCAGGGUGUUGCACCUCGCUUACAACCAGCUUCAAACCUUCACUGCCAGUAAACUGGCUCGGCUGGAGCUGCUGGAGGAGCUGGACCUGAGCGGCAACCGACUGAGAGCCGUUCCCACCACCAUCCUGAGCUGCCGGCGGCUGCACACGCUGUCCGCCCACUCCAACUGCAUCAAUACCUUCCCAGAGGUGCUGCAGCUGCCCGAAAUUAAGUGCGUCGAUCUGAGCUGCAACGAGCUGACAGAGGUCACACUGCCUGAGGUUCUUCCCCCAAAACUCCUGGAGCUCGACCUCACCGGAAACCCUCGACUCAACCUCGACCACAAGAGCCUGGAACUCCUCAACAACAUACGCUGUUUCCGGGUGGAUCCGUCUCCGUCUGCUUCUGCCGCAAGCGAAAGCCACGGCGUCCCUGCAGUGUGGAGUCACGGCUUUACAGAGGCUUCCGGAGUCAAAAACAAACUGUGUGUGGCCGCUCUGGCCCAGGACACCUUCUGUGGGAUGCGAGAAGCUCUGUAUGGCGUCUUUGAUGGAGACAAGAACGUCGAGGUGCCUUACCUGCUGCAGUGCACUAUGGGAGAUGUUCUGGCCGAAGAGCUGCACCGGGGGCCAAAGCAGGAAGACUACAUGACCAAUACCUUUCUCACCAUGCAGCGGAAGCUGGGCACGGCCGGUCAGAAGAUGGGCGGCUCGGCAGCAUUAUGUCACAUCAGACACGACCCGGUGGCGCCUGGCGAGCCAGGCAGCUGCUUCACCCUGAAAGCGGCCAACGUGGGCCGCUGCCAAGCCGUACUGUGCCGAGGAGGGAGAGCGCUGCUGCUGUCCAAAGUCCACACCGUCCGAGAGGAGACCGAGUACAAGAGGGUCCGGCAGCACAACGCCAUCAUCACAGAGGAUAACAAGGUCAGUGGUGUGACCGACUCUACCAGGAUGAUGGGAUACUCUUUCCUCAGUCCCUCUGUGACGCCCCGCCCACACUUCUCCAUGGUGACGCUCACUCCUCAGGAUGAGUUCUUCCUCCUGGGCAGCCGAGGACUGUGGGACUUGUUGUCUCCCAACGAGGCGAUCGAGGCGGUGCGGAACGUUCCAGACGCUCUCACUGCGGCUAAGAAGCUGGUGACGCUGGCCCAGAGCUAUGGCUGCUCUGACAGCCUCAGCGCUGUCGUCGUCCAGCUCAACAUCACAGAGGACUGCUGCUGCUUCUGCGAGCCGCCCCCUCCUCCGCCCAGCCCUGGGCCCGCCGCCCAGCCUGCUCUGAAUCCCUUCGCCUCCGGCAGCGACGGGAGUAUUCCAUUGCCGCCCACCUCCUCAGGGACCGUGAGCGAGUUGAGCAGCGAGUUUAGCACUUCUGAGAUGAGCAGCGAAGUGGGUUCCACAGCGUCCUCAGAGGAGCCACCGGCACCGCCCACGGAGAUUCUGAGCUCCCAUCUGAACGCUCAAGGCCGGAUCGGUGCGCGCCGACCUGCUGCUGGGGGCGGCGGCUUCCAGAGGCAGUUCUCCGGAGCGCUGUCGGACAACGGGCUGGACAGUGAGGACGAGGAGCCCAUCGCCGGCGUGUUCUCCAACGGCAGCCGGGUGGAGGUGGAGGCAGAUGUCCACUGCCUGCUCCGGCACGGCUCCACUCACUCCAACACCACAAGCACAUACAAACCCGUUGUCUCUGGUAACGAACUCUUAACUCCCAACCUCACAUCCCCGUCUCCCUCACCCAUCCCGCCGCCCUCCCCGAACCAGGAGGCCCGCUCAGCCACGCUGGGCCGCCGGGCGCGGGCCAACGGUUCAGUCGCCUGCCAGGGCCGCAGCCAGGAUCUGAUUGAGGAGGCCGCAGACGCCCCCAUCAGGAAGCAGGGGGGCUACUUCAAUGCCCCCGCCCAGCCUGACCCAGACGACCAGCUGAUCAUCCCACCGGAGCUGGAGGAGGAGGUCCGGCAGAUCAUCCAGCAGCAGCAGGAGCAGAUGCAGACACACACCUAUCAGAGACCUGCAGACUAUUUUGUCACACCGCUCUGACUGCUGCUGUCCGAAUCAUCAUCAUCACCACCAUCAUCAUCACUCAGCAUCACUGAGGGAGGAGUCUUUGAUUUUGCGGACUCAGAAUUCAAUUUGGGCCAGAAACUCUUUUUGAGGUUUCCUGACCCACUUUAUUUUGUACUGUUAACAAACCGUGAAACACGAUGCAAUUUUUGUAACUUUAUGUUGAUUUAAAUCUUCACAUGUAAAUGAUUAUUACCAUAUCUAUGAUAUGAAGAAGCACUUUUUGUUGUAGUAGCUUUUCAGAUCAGUUCUACAUUAAACGGUACUUUAAGAACUGGACCAGCAUUCGGGUUGCAGCUCAUGGCCUUACAGGUGUCGGAGUUAGGAACUGUUUAACUAACUCCUAGGAGUUUAAUACUUUAUUUAGUCACUGAGGCUUAACUAAUAUUCUCUGAGAGAAAAGAUGAUUAUUCCUGAAGGCUGGUGACGUUCCAGGUCCGUGUUCUGUAGGUGGCGCUGCAACAUUUCUAGUUACUAACAGCUCAGAGCAGCGGUACAGCAAGCAGCACAACAAGAGACCUACUUUUGCUAAACAAUAAAGUUUUCAGAUAACUGCA